ACAGGGUGAAGUUGGUUUACCAGGAAGACCAGGAAAAGACGGAGAACCUGGAAAAAUUGGUGAAAUUGGGCCUUCGGGAGAAAAGGGAGAACGUGGAAAACGGGGACCAAAAGGUCAUCCUGGAGAAAUAGGUCCAAUGGGUAUCAAAGGCCACGAAGGCGAGAAAGGUGACAAGUGUGAACGAGGAGAUCGAGGAUUUGAAGGUCAAAAAGGAGAAAUGGGCCCCAUUGGAUUAAUAGGAACUAAAGGCAAUGAUGGUCCGGUUGGAAUUCCAGGUGUUGAAGGUUUGCCAGGUCCCAAAGGAAUCGAAGGAGUAGCUGGAAACAAGGGCGAACAAGGAUCUCCAGGACCUCCGGGUCCUCCGGGACCACCUGGUGAAUUACCACUAUUACCACCUGAAUUGGCGGGAUUUCAGCAAAACGCUUUGGCCCGUUGGAGACGGGAAUUCAAUGACAUCAAUACCGAAGACAGUGCAAAAACAAAAACGAGUAGUUCGGGGCCGAGUGACAAUAACGAUGGCCCUAAAUACAUAGACAUUGUUAGUUCAAUUUACAGUAUGAGACAAGACUUGGAACGAAUAAGAAAGCCCGUCGGAACCCGUGAAAACCCCGUCAUGACGUGCAAAGAUUUGUUUUACGGGCAUCCACAGUUUAAAGAUGGAUGGUACUGGAUUGACCCAAACUUGGGUAUGCCAUACGAUGCCGUGUACGUGUACUGUAACAUGAGUAGCGGAGGAGAAACUUGCGUAUUUCCAGACAUACACUCAAGUCAAAUGCCGAACAUCCCGUGGCGUAAGGAGGGUGACAAGACGGACUGGUAUUCAAAUCUCAGGGGUGGUUUCAAAAUUACUUACGAAACUGUGGGACCAGUGCAAAUGAACUUCCUACGACUUCUCAGCCAAAAUGGAUACCAAAACUUCACGUACACGUGCAUCAACAGUGCUGCGUGGUUCAAUGCAAAGUCCAACUCAUACGACAUGGCUGUCAAGUUUAUGGGAGAAAAUUCGAUACAAUUUUCGUCUGAACAAGGAUCACCAAAAGUGGACGUGUUAGUCGACGGCUGCAAAGUGAGUAGAAAUCUUUUUGUUUUUUAUUAAAGAAAUGGGCUCAAU